UCUCACCAGUAACAACUUGUCAGUCUUCCAGACCCAGAAGAUAUGGGUCAUGGGCCCCCGAGCCCUGCUCCUGUUGCUCUCGGGGGCCCUGGCCCUGACCGAGACCAGGGCUGACCCGCACAGCCUGAGCUACUUGCACACCACCGUGUACGGACCGGGCCCUGGAGAGUACCGGUACACCGUGGCCGGCUACGUGGACCACAUGGAGAUCCUGCGGUUCCACAGCGACCCCGCGAGUGCCAGGCUGGAGCCCCGGGUGGCGUGGAUCAAGCGGCCGUGGGCGGAGCAGGAGGGCGCAGGGUUUUGGGAGGAGCAGACGCGGGAAAUCAAGCACAACGAACAGCGGAGCAGAGCGAACCUGAACAAGCUGCGCGCCCACUACAACCAGAGCGCGCACGGACGGGGGUCAGGGUCGCCCACUUGGCAGGAAAUGACCGGCUGCGUCCUGGGACCAGACGGACGCUUCCUCCGCGGGUUCAGUCAGUUCGCCUACGACGGCGCCGACUUCCUCGCCCUGAACCCGGACCUACGAUCCUGGACCGCAGCCUCGGGGGUCAGCCGGAGCGACAUUGUGCGGGUCCCUGACGCGGACGUUCGGAGGUUCUUCCUGGAGGACACGUGUGUGCACCGACUCCAGCUGCUCCUGGAGAAGGGGAAGGACGCGCUGCAAAGAGCAGUCCCUCCAAAGACACACAUGACCCAUCACCCCAUCUCUGACCAGGAGGUCACCCUGAAGUGCUGGGCCCUGGGCUUCUACCCUGCUGACAUCACCCUGACCUGGCAGCGUGAAGGGGAGGACCUGACCCAGGACAUGGAGCUGGUGGAGACCAGGCCUGCGGGAGAUGGAACCUUCCAGAAGUGGGCAGCUGUGGUCGUGCCCCCUGGAGAGGAGCAGAGAUACACAUGCCAUGUGCAGCACCAGGGGCUGCCUGAACCCCUGACCCUGAGAUGGGACCUCCCUCCUCAGACCACCAUCACCAUCAUGGGCAUCGUGGGCAUUGUGGGCAUGGCUGCUGCCCUGGGCCUCCUUCGUGCUGUGGCUGCUGGAGCUGUGAUGUGGAGGAGGAAGUGCUCAGGUAUAGACAGGACAAUCCACUCUCAGGCUGACUGCAGUGACAGUGCCCAGGGCUCUGAUGUGUCUCUCACAGCUCCUAAGGGUGUGACCCUGAGGGCAGGAAGUGGGGGGCAUUAUGACGGAGGGGCACAACUGGGUUUUGGGGAUUCUCAGGUGGGACAUUGUGAGUAUGUUAUGGGCUGUGGGAGAAUGUGACACUUCUGAGACUGACCUGAAUUUGUUCACAAUAAGUUUCUUCCAGAGUGACAGAGCUGCUUUGUCCAGGACUUGGUGCUGAAAUUGUCAGUGUAGCCUCCUCUCUGAGAUUAUGAAUUCCUGACUGCUGUAUGUAUAUUAAUUUAAUAUAUAUAUUCAUAUAUAAAUUUAAUAUAUGUAAACAUAAGUGAUGGACAUUAAAAUCUCCAAGGUGUAUGGUUUCUGGUAGGUGUUAUUCAAUAUACACCUUCACCCCAUUUAUUAACCCACUUAAGUUACUUUAAAUUCAUAAACUUACCAUCGGGUUUGGAAACAACCCAGGUGGGAGAGACUCUGUGUCACAUGACAAGGGGACCUCAGGGCUCCACAGUUAUGUUCCCUGUGACCACCUGUGCUCUGCAUGCAAUUAAGAGUUUCUUCCCACACAUCCAAAUGUGACCUUUUAGAGCCUCUGCUUGUGGCUGGUUCAGUCCCCAGAUUCUCAUCUAGUGACGCUUUGCUGCCUAGUAGUCUCCCCAAGCUUCCAGGGCCCCCUCUUGUAGACCUCAGGAUUGUCCCUGUGGAGUCAGAGAGCUGACCAAUCAGAAGGUGAGAACACCUGCUUAAAGCAGAAACUGUCCCUGCAUCCACUGUCCUUAAUCCACUGCAGACACUGCUCUCAUUCUGUGGAAGCUGAGUUUGAGCACUGGAAGGUCAUGGCCAAGGAACCCAUGCCCUUAGUGGCUUCCUCUGAGAGUUCCUCCCCAAGAGACAGCCCUCGGGCCACAGGGUCAGUCUGGCUCCUGAGCUGAGAACAGACUCAGGAGACAAGGGACCAGCCAGGCAGGAGGGAAAGGUGUGGGGAAGCUCCCAGGGUUCCAGGCUGCAGGUGCUGGGUAUUCUGAUGGGGCUGUGAGUGGUGGAAACAGUGGGAAGGAACUGGACACUGAAUGCAUUUGGAAGAUGGAUUUCACAGCAUUUCCUAGUGAUUCAAUCUGGGUUGUGGGAAUGAGUCCAGGAGAGCACCCCACAUUUGUGCUGUGCCAACAGAAAGAUGGGGUUAUAUCAGCAGAGAUGGGGAAGAUGCUGGCAGGAGUAUGUGUAGGGGAGGGAUGGGCAUUUCAAGGGCUCAGCUGAAGAGAAGGUCAAGGUGAGAUGAGCGUUAGAAACACCAGUGAGGAGUCAGGUUGGACAGAUGAGUGUGGGGACCUUGAGGAGAAAUGUCUGGGCUGGAGUCAUAGACUCAGUGGUGAUGCUACGGGAAUGACAUUUAAAAUCAUGAACAUGGAUGAGGCCACCAAAGGGAGCCAGGACUGCGGAAGAGGAAAGAACAAGGACUGGACACUGCACCUCCCUUUCCUGACAGUGGGGACAUUUAUCCUGGUGACUCACCCAGGUUGGUGUAGGCCAUGUUUCCCUGUGAUACAGUCACCAUUUGGUGUUUGUCUUUCACUAAUUACUUAUGAAGAGAUGUUCUGAGAUUGUCCUGCUGUGCCCUUCACCACUUCUACACUCACCCUCCUUAGUCUGUCUCAUAACGUCCACCCAAGUCAGUGACAAUAUGGUGGUUGUCCUGUGUCAGCGCUGCACACUUAUGAGUAGGGUGUAGUGUACAACAGGGGAAAGUAGGAAUUAUUAUUGUUGUCAGUUGUUGGAGCCCAAGAGGCCUGUGAGGGGUCAAGGAUAGGGUCUAGCACUGCGGGUGUGGUGACUGGGCCUGGUAUCCGGCCUCGGGGCUAUCUUGGGUUGUAACAGUUCUCUGACCCCUUGAGAAAUUAGCCGCCUCUCCUUACCCAUCAACUGGUAUCUUUGGCCUGUGCAUCAUGUACCCAGAAAGUAUGUUAGCUUGGGAACGUCUGGACUCUAAGGGAAGAGAUAAACUUUGUAGGUCAAGGAAGUGAGCUACGUGCCAGAAGGCUUCUCCUUUGUUCUCCUUUGUACUCAAGAUUGUAUAUAAGCCAGAAGACUGUGCAAUAAACUUGCCUUAUGCCAGCAGAGCAUUUGGUCCUCUCCUUUAUUCAGUCCCUCGCUCAGCCUCACGACCACCCUUGCUGCAGCUGGCUGCGGGCUGCGGCAGUGAGUAGGUAUGCUGUCAGAUGUCUACCAAGUUUAUCAGGAACAGUACUUAAUGAGCUAUAUAAAUGUCUAAUCAUGGGGUUUUACACCUGAAAAUAAUAUGAUAUUUUAUGUCAACUACAAUUAAAAUUAAAGCAAUUCAAGUCAUGGACACAGACAACAGUGUGAAAAUUUCGAGGGGUGAGGUUGGGGUUUGGAGAUGGGAAAUUGUAUUCAGGAAAUAUACGCUGGUGGAAAAAAUUAAUGAAAGAUAAACAAAGUUAUUUUAAUUUAGCCCUGGCUGGUGUGGUUCAAUGGAUGGAGUGCUGGCUUGCAAACCAAAGGGUCGCUGGUUCGAUUCCCAGUCAGGGCACAUGCCUGGGUUGGGGGCCAGGUCCCAGGUAGGGGGCAUGUGAGAGGCAACCACACACUGAUGUUUUUCUCUCUCUCUUUCUCCCUCCCUUCCCCUUUCUUUAA